AUGAGUCAAUACAAAAUCACUUAUUUCGAUGCUCGUGGACGUGCUGAAGUUGCACGGCUUAUUCUGAAGUACGCUGGUGUUGAGUUUGAAGAUCAUCGUUUACAAGACCAUUCAUACGUUGGAGAGCAUCGGGAUGGUAAAAAAUUAAAUUUUUUUUUUUGUUUAUAAUAAAACGUGAACUUCAUUAAGUCUAUAAAAUCUGAUUUUGGCCACUUUUAUAUACAAUAUCUUCACUCAAAUUAAAAAUUUCGAUUCAAGUAUACUGCUUUGAAACCUUAUAUGGCAUUUUUUUCAGAUUUCCCAUUUGGUCAAGUACCAGUCUUAACAAUCGACGGUAAAGUACAUAUUGCUCAAAGCUUUGCUAUGAAUCGUUUUUUGGCCAAGAAGUACGGUUUGGCUGGAAAAGAUGAGAUGGAACAAGCUUUGGUUGACAGUUACGGUGACUUUCUGAAUGAUGCCAAUAUUAAUCUACGUGAAUUCUUUUGGGUAACAAUUGGCAGAGCUGAAGGAGACUUGGACAAACUUACUGCUGAAGCUAAGGACUACAUUGACAACAAAUGGAAGAAGUUUUUCGACAAGAUUUUUGAGGUACGUUAUGUAAUAUAAAAAACGUUUAUGCACAUUUCCAAAAAUACUACGGUGAAAUACAAUAAGUUUACACUAUAUUUUAUGACAAAUAAAUUCGAUUUCAGGAAUCUGGAAAUGGAUUCCUGGCCAAAUCUGGUGUAACAUGGGUUGACUUUCUGGCUGCGGAGUUCUACGAAACUUCUCAAAACCUUAAGAUUGAUGUUGUCACCAACAUCUCUAACUUGAAAAAGCUGCAUGACAAUGUCAAAGCGCUGCCACAGUUGAAGGAGUACUACAGUCAACGCAAACCUAGUCCAUUUUAAAUUUUGACAGUGUGGUAUAAUUUUGUACUACACUGACCUUUAGUAUUAUAAUCAUAUAAUCACACAAAUCACACGUAGAUCACAAACCAUGAGUUCAAAAUAAAUGUCAACAAAAACCUUUAUCAAUUCAUUCACGUUUUUCUUUUUUUGUUUUUGAUUUUAUCAAAAUGCAUUUUAUAGAUUUGGUAAGCACGUUAGUAAAUAAAUAAACAUUUUUUGAGUCGAUUUCACAAAUCUACUUAUCAUUUUUAACGAUUUAAAAGCAGUUUUGACGACCAUAAAGAACAAACGCUUAGACGGUGGGUAGCCUUGUAAACGUCCUUUAUUUCAACUAAAAAUAAUAUAUAAACUUUUCGAUCUUAUACAAAACAGUGAGUUUUUGAAUGUUGUUGUUAUUUUAUCACGUUUUAUCUGUAAUGAUAACAGCUCUUUUAAAUUGGUAAUAGUUUGUUAUCUUUAUAGUUAAAACUAAAUAAAUAACUUGAAUUUAGCUAUGGUUCAAUACAAACUUACCUAUUUCAACCUUCGAGGACGUGCUGAAACAGCACGUUUGAUCCUAAAAUACGCUGGUGUUGAUUUUGAAGACUUUCGUUUUGAUAGCCGCGACUACGUUGCUGAACAUCGUGAUGGUAUGUCUUGCUUAAUAAAUAGCUAUUUUAGAAUUUUAAAAAACAAAUUAAAUUGUUAAUACAGUAAAACUUUUAAACUAUAACAAAAAUACCGUAGUUUACUGCGUAAAUAUUAUAAUAUAACCUUGUAUCAAGAUUAUAAGCUUAAAUCUAGAGUUUCCUUACGGCCAAGUGCCAAUAUUACAUGUUGAUGGCACAGUGAUAGCUCAAAGUAUUGCGAUUAAUAGAUAUCUGGCCAAGAAAUACAAUUUGGCAGGUAAAGAUGAUAUUGAACAAGCUUUGGUAGAUAGCUACGUUGACUUCUUCACAGAUUUAUCUAACAACGUAUGGCCUUACAUUGCGGUAAUUAUGGGAAUGCAAGAAGGAGACCAAGACAAGCUGAAAGAAAAAGCUGUAGAACAUACAGAGAACAAGUUUGUUAAAUACUUCAACAAGCUCUAUGAGGUCAGUUAAGCAGUAUUUUUAUUUUACCAUACUUUUAGACUUAAUUCAGUAUAUUAUAGUAGAAUAAACUGUAUUUUUUGCCAAAACAAAGCAAUAACAUCAUUAAAAAGCCAUAUUUUAACUUGCAGACUUCUGGAAGUGGAUUCUUAUCCAAAUCUGGAGUAACUUGGGCUGAUUUUUUUGCUGCUGAAUUCUACGAAACUUGUGCAAACUUUGACUUGAAGUUUAUCACCAAUAUACCAAAUUUCAAAAAGUUACAUGAUAAUGUAAAAAAUCUACCAGAACUAAACGAAUACUUUGCACAACACAAACAAAGCAAAGUUUAGAUAGUACAGUAUAAUAUUGUACCUAAUAACAUAAAAGCUUAUUGUUAUGUAUUUUAAUUGACAAGACAUUAUAAACUCAAAUCUUAUUUUUGUAUCCAAUUAGUAAAUAAAUAAACAUUUUUCACACUCAAGUUCACAAACGUGCUUAUCCUAUUCGGAAGAUUUAAAACUAUUUUAACGCCCGAAAGACAACAAAAGCUAUUCGAAGGUGAGGUCUUGUUUGUAAACGUCCUUUACUUCAAUCAAAGGUCAAAAUAUAAAAAAUUUUCGGUUCUUUCUAGUCGAUCUACUAUAUAACAGAUCAGCUGUACUUAUACAUCCUUUCUGCUUGAAAUAUAUUUUUGUUUUAGAUUAUCUGACAGCUUUAUAUAACAGCUUGUUAGAGUAUAUAUUAUUUAUUUGUGUGUUUACAAAAUAGUUUACUUUAAAAGUACAGAAACUGUGUGUGGUCGUUAAUAAUCGUCAAUUUUGUAAUUUCAAAUUCUGUACUUUUUUAAAAUUAAAAAUAUUUUGAAGGUCACUAUGGUUCAAUACAAACUUACCUACUUCAAUCUUCGAGGACGUGCUGAACCAGGACGUUUGAUUCUAAAAUACGCUGGUGUUGAUUUCGAAGACUUUCGUUUUGAGGACUGGAGUUACAUUACAGAACAUCGAGACGGUAAGCACUUUCGAAUAUAACCAGCUAAAAUAAAAUUCCCUAUCAAUUAAUGCCAUUUUCAAAAUUAUACUUACUUUAUAUCUUUGAGAUUAUAAAAAAUUAAAAAAGUGUUUUAAAUAAUUUAGAACUUCCGUUCGGUCAAGUACCAACAUUAAACGUUGAUGGCACAGUAAUAGCCCAAAGCUAUGCUAUCAUACGAUACUUCGCCAGAAAGUACAACUUGGCAGGUAAAGAUGAUAUCGAACAAGCUUUGGUGGAUAGUUACGCCGACUUCUUCAACGAUCUCACUGACAAUGUGUGGCCUUACUGUAUGGUUAUAAUGGGACUGGAAGAAGGCGACAAAGACAAACUUCUAGAAAAGGCUAUAGCCUUUACAGAGAAUAAGUUUGUCAAGUACUUCAAUAAAGUCUAUGAGGUAGGUUUACCACAGAAUUUUCAAAGUUUUUGUUAGAUUUUCAAAUUUUCUUUAAAAAACUAAAAGUUAUAUAUAAUAGCAUUGUAGCUAUCAAUAAUACUUUCUUACAAUAACAAAAACUAUAGCUUCUAUAUAAUUCAAUUUUACUAAUUUUAGGCUUCUGGUAGUGGAUACUUGGCCAAAUCUGGAUUAACUUGGGCUGAUUUAGUCGCUGCUGAGUUUUACGAGACUGCUGCCAGCUUUGAUUUAAAGUUUAUCACUGACAUAUCUAAUUACAAAGCUUUGCAUGAUAAUGUCAAAAAGGUCCCGGAACUCGAAGAAUACUAUGAAAAUCGCAAACAGAGCAACGUUUAG